AUGUCAGAGUCGCUUUUGGAAAAGUCCUUAGAUGACAUUAUUGGUGACAAAAAGCCAUCCAAAAUACAGCGCCAGAAUGGUCCAAGAAACAAAGCAAGAAUCAAUAAGCCUAGUCGGUCUAAAAAUGGUCCAACUGAAAGAAGAAGUAUAAACUUUAAGCAACAGAGGUCAGUUCCACGAGAAGUUAAUUCGAUAGCAGGUUCAAGACCAGUUUUAAGAGUGAAAAAUAUCCAUCCUGAAUUGAAUGGUGAGGACUUGUCUAAUUUGUUUAGUAGCAUUUCGCCAGUUGAAUUCGUUAAGUUUGAUCCGAAAGAUGAUACAGUGGCAUAUGUUUGUUUCCAAUCUAAUAAUGCCCAUAACAAUUCCAGUGCAAUUUCCAAAUUUGAUGGUAGAAAGGCGAUGGGUAAUCAUUUAGUUGUUGAAAACGCAACAUCGUUGGCAGAUAGGAUUCUUGCCCCUGUAAAGCAAGCAUCUGAAAGAUAUACUAAGGGUACAAGUCCAGCAAAGAAACCUAAGAGAAAGCCAAAGCCUCAAAAGAAAUCAAUCGAUGAUUUGGAUGAAGAGUUGUCUGCCUACAUGAAUAAGCAGAGUUCUGGUGACGCUCAAGAAGCUGAACCUGCUUCAACAGAACAUUCUAGUACGAGCCCUAGUAAUACGCAAGAUGGAAUGAAUUUGGAUUAA